AAGGGAUUCUUAAAUUUCACUAAUUACCUUAUAUUUUGUGUUGUUAUUCUUGACAAACAAUGGUUCAAGGAAUGCAGGAAAUUGACAAAUUAAAGACUCACAUGCAAGACAUCCAUGUUCCAUUGGACGUGUUUGAGUAUAUAGAUCAAGGCAAAAACCCAAAUUUGUACACUAAACAUUGUUUGGAGAAAGCUCUGGGCAAAAAUGAACAGAUAAAAGGGAAAAUAGAUGCUUUUAAGAGGUUUAAAGCCAUGCUGAUACUGGAACUGACCGAUGUGUUCCCAAAGGAGAUGGCAAACUACAGAGCUUUGAGAGGCGAUGACAGACCAACGUGAGGGACUGCACAUGUGUGUGAAUCUAUGACUAUGUACUCUGUGGACAUGUAUCAGCGGAUAGUUCCUCACAGACAGGCUGUUUGUUUAGGGUGGAAUUGUGUUGGCUAUGCUGGUGUAAUUUUUGUAGUGUGGAGAAACAUGUGCUGCAUGUAUGCAUAUUGCCUACACGAGAACUUAAACAUGUGAAUUUAUUUCUUUAUGUCCCCCCCCCCUCCCCCUCAUAGAAUGUGGCAUACAAUUAAGUAGUCACACUGUCCAGAUGUCCUUAUGUACGUUGGUAUAUUCCGGUCUUAGCCAUAAUUUUGCCAUACAUUGAUUGAUUUUUAUGAUAACGUGGCCCAAAUGAAAAGUAUUCUCAUACAAUGUCUCAUGUGUAAACCAAUCUCCCUACCUCAAAAGUCAAGGGCACACUUUGAGGUAUAAAGUCAAUUUUGGAAAUAAAAAAGCUUGACAAUUUCUGUCUCAGCCAUAACUUUGGCAUAUAUUGAUGGAUUGAAAAUAACCUGGCACAAUUGUAAACCAUCAUAAGAGGACAUGUCUUGUGUAACACCUAUCUCCGUAGCUCAAAGGUCAAGGUCACACUUAGAGGUCAAAAGUCAAAUUUGGCCAUUAAACAGCUUGUGUGGAUUUUUACUUAGUCAUUCAUCUUGCAAUUUAAUAUAAUUUACCACAAAUGAACACAAUCGGGACACUUUUUGUCGUUGGUUUUAUUUGAUUAUUGAUAAUGAUUAGAGUGUGCUUCUUUGAAACAUGCAGUUUCAUUUUGGAAAAUAUAUUGUGUGUACCAUAAAUUAGUGUUGAAAGUAUCAGUACAGUGUAACUACAGCAAUGAAAUAUUCAUAUUAAUAAUAUUCAGUUAACUUGAGAUAACAAGGGAAUAUUUUCACGUGGUUUAAAGCAGCAACAAAUCCCUUUAUUGAAUACUUAUAGAUUAUCUACCACCAAUUGAAGAUUUUGAUGGAUAUUGAAAAUGAGAGUGCUGACCCAGUGCUUGACACUUUCAGGGGUCAAAAUGCUGAAAUCAAUAUUUUGUGUGUGUUUAUAUAUGAUGAAUACACAGAAUAUGUUGUUUUGUGUUAAUGUAAUACUAUAUGCAACCAUAGCAAAUUUAGGAUAUACAAUAUAUAACAGUUCUAGGCAAAUUUUCAUAAAAAUGAUGCAAGGCAGAAUAUUUGAAGGAGUCAAGAGUGAGAAAGGAGCAAAAUGCUUGCCUCAAAUAGCAGAAUUUGAAGGGGUCAAGAGUGAGAAAGGAGCAAAAUGCUUGCCUCAAAUAGCAGGAUUUGAAGGAGUCAAAAGUGAGAAAGUAGCAAAUGCUUGCCUCAAAUAGCAGGAUUUUGCUUCAAUUGAAACUCUGCAAUUUAAUGAGAAUUCAACAUUCAAACCCGAGGACCCAUAUUUUCUGUAUGAUAGCUUUUCUAGCUUUUUCUGUUUCUAUAUCACUUGAGUUGCUGGACUCUUUUUAAAUAUCAAAACAAACCCUCAGCAAGCUUUGCAAAUUAUCAUACAUCUGCGAUAAACAUUGUUUACUUUACAUUACCUAACCUAGUUUGUAAUUAGUUUUGUUUAUUGUACAAAUGAUAUUACUUGUUCCAGGUAUGGUCAUAAACUUAAUUGUGUUAAAA